AAGAUGUUUCCAGAAGCCAAGAAAGAGGACAUACUUUACCUAAACUUGAUGCAUUCAAGUAUUUAUGCCGGCAUAACUACACGUAUCAUUAUUAAACGUUUGAACUGCCUUAAUCCAUGUAAAAAUGUUUAAACUAGUCAUAAAUGAAGUGUCAAAAUUGUCAUAUUUAUAAGUGUACGUUAAGGUGUCAUGGCUCCACCCCUAAAGUGUUUCAUUUUCCCGAGUGAACCUGAACGCGCCAUAGCACCACCCCUCGAAAGCGAGCUAACGCUAACAUCCACAGCGGCAUACCAGCACACAAACUACACUCGUGUGGCUUAUUUCUCACUUUUAAACCCCACCGAGGACAACUAGAACUGGCAGCCGGGUGGUGAAACUCGUCCGGUUUUGUUUUUUGGAUCUUAUUUUGUUGACGACUUGACAAGCAGGACUUGCUGUUCGGGGACUAGCUAACGACACUUGGCUAAAAACUCCUGCUCGGCUGACGACCACCCACGGCACCACGACUGGACUUCUCUUGUACUUCUCUGAUGUGUGGAUUUGUGGAUCCACACCCUGGCCCUUUAAGACAGCUCUCGAGCUGGUCUGAAGCACUACAGUCCCACUGUGACGUAAACACCCAGCACACCUGCUCAUAGGACCAACCCUUCCGGAAAGACUGCUAUGCCUCUGGGUCUGGGAAGAAGGAAGAAGGCUUCCCCGCUGGUGGAGAAUGAGGAAGCAGAGCCCAUCCGCGCCGGUCUCAAUGUGGAGGGCUUGGGCGGAGGUGGCAUGGCGGGCCUGGGGGAGGGCGCCGCCUCGGUGGGUUUGCCCCCGCCGCCCAGCAGCAUGCGGCCGCGUCUCAUCUUCCACACGCAGCUGGCGCACGGAAGCCCAACUGGACGCAUCGAGGGCUUCAGCAACGUGCGGGAGCUCUACGCCAAGAUUGGCGACGCCUUCGGGAUCCCGUCAGCUGAGGUGAUGUUUUGCACAUUGAAUACUCACAAGGUGGACAUGGACAAACUGUUGGGAGGCCAAAUUGGCUUAGAGGACUUUAUCUUUGCCCACAUUAAAGGCCAAAAGAAAGAAAUUGAAGUGUUCAAAGGGGAGGACGCGCUUGGCCUGACCAUCACCGACAACGGAGCUGGCUAUGCAUUCAUCAAGAGAAUCCGUGAGGGCAGCACCAUCCACCAGAUCCAGGUGAUCAACGUGGGCGACAUGAUCGAGUCUAUCAACGGCCAUCGCCUGAUUGGCUGUCGGCACUACGAGGUGGCCAAGAUGCUCAAGGAGCUGCCCAAAGGCAAGGACUUCACCAUCAAGCUGGUGGAGCCGCUCAAAGCCUUCGAUAUGAUCAGCCAGCGGUCUGGAAGCUCCAGGUCAUCUUCGGGGGUCCAGCUGGGCACCGGCAGGGGAACCUUGCGUCUGCGCUCCAAGGGUCCUGCUACCGUAGAGGAAGUGCCGUCUGCUUUUGAGGAAAAAGCCAUCGAGAAGGUCGAUGACCUGCUGGAGAGCUACAUGGGCAUCAGAGACAGCGAGCUGGCGGCCACCAUGGUGGAGCUGGGAAAGGACAAAAAGAACCCCGACGAGUUUGCUGAGGCUCUGGACGAGACGCUGGGAGACUUCGCCUUCCCGGACGAGUUCGUCUUCGACGUGUGGGGCGCCAUAGGCGACGCUAAGGUCGGACGGGUGUGAGCGGCGCGUGAUUUAACUGAACCCGACAGGCGUGCGCUUGUGUGUGUGUGUGUGCGUGUAUGUGCGCGUGUGUGUGUGGUCACUACUUGGAAACUGCACAAAAGGGUUUGUUUAUAUUCACUAUACUGUGUACUCCUGCUGUUUAUUUUGUCAUUGGGAGAGACUUUCCUGACAAAUAUUCUCACUGAGUGGUGGAAAGCAAGCUAUGAAGUGCUUUUUAUUAUUCUUAUUUUAUUAUUAUUUUUUUUUAUCUUGUCUUCCUGUGGUUCCCACCUAUGAAGGGCGAAUUAGGGCCACCCCCCCCCCCCCCAAAAAAAUCGGCAUUACCAGAUUAAAAUGGGAUAAUUUCGAAACCAGUCAUAUAUUUUUUUAGAUUAAAAUUUAUUUACAAAAAUUAAGUCACAUUCAUAUGUUUUUGAGUUUUAAGUGGUACUUUCACGAGAUUAAAGUUGUACAUUUUUGGAUUAAAAAAGUAGUACACAGUGGUGCCUUGAUCUACAAGUUUAAUUUGUUCUUUGACCACAUGUAACUCAAACUCCAUACUAGCACCCGAAAAACACCUAAAAAAAAAGGUAAAUUUUUUUUCUAUAGGAAUAAUAGCACGAAACUAUUGUACUGUAUAGAAACAUACAUUCAUAAAAUAGUUUAAUAGAAUGUAAAGAAUUAGAUAGUUUGUGCAUCAGGAGAAUUCAAUGAGCAUUGUGCUGCUUAGUGUUUGUGCGUCUUGGUCACAGGGGGGCAGUAUAAUCCAUACAAACUAUUCAUAGAUGUGAUGACGAAACACAGAAGACAUCCGCCGCAAGUAAGAUGCAACAGUUUUUGUUGUUUUUCACAAAGAAUAAUCAUUAUAUACCUGUGAGUAUUUGUAAUGCUCUGCAUGUUGCUGCCGCCAGUGUUCAAAUCAAAUGUGUUACUCUGACAUUGAUGCUAGUUUUAUCCGCCCAUCUAUGGCAUUUUGCAUUGUGUGUUCGUAUUAAGAUAGUAGACCUCAUGUGGUUUUGUUACAUACACAAUGUGUAAUCCUGUUUUAUGUUUAGUUGUACAGUAAACUUUACUUUUUUUUGAAGAACUGUUCACUUUGUGCCAAACUUCUGCUUGUGAAAUUCACUGCCGUCAUAGCUAGCGCUCGUAACUCAAAUUUAUGCUGGCUACUUAAAACAGAUUAAUUGACAAAACAACAGCUCGUAUCAGUGAAAAAUUUAGGUCGGGUCAUUUGCAAUUCGAGGUACCGCUGUACUUCUAAUUUAAAAGGUUUUCGAGAUUAAAGUUGUAAUAUUACGAGAAUAAAGUCGAAUUGAUACUUCUUUAAUCAGAAAUGUUUUUUUUUUUUAUUCCAAAUAAUUUCUUCUUGUGGAUUUGAAGCUGUGAUGACUUUCAUUACUCCCCCCCUCAAUUCAGUCUAAAAAAUAUCAUUUUUUUUCUUAAUGUGCAACUUUAUUUUCGUAGUGUCACGAUUUUGAUCUCGAAAAUCUUUUUUUUUCCCAGAACGUACAACUUUUUUCCCGGAAAUAUGCAACUUUAUUCUCAUAAGUUUAUGACCUAAAUCUGGGGGCGUAAUUGUGUUUUUUUUUGUUUUCAUUGUGGCCCUAAUAGUCCUUCGCAGGUAUGAAGGAAUUUGUGUGUGCGAGCAUGGAGACGAGCCUCGUGAACCUGCAUGCUGUUGACGUCGUCGCAACAGCAGCACAAUUCCUAAUGCAGGGGUGAGAGAGCUUUUUCCCUGCCUGGCACGGCCAUUUCUGUCCUUCUAGGGCCAAACAUGUCUUAAAUGUUUUUUUUUUUUGGUAACGGUUUUAUUUGUUUUUCGACUUGCAUGGCGGGCUGUAUAUAGGUUGCCCACCCCCUGCACUCAAAUGCUAACACAAAAGUCGAUGUUACAUUGUCGUGGUGACGUGUUCCCUGGUCCAAGACAACAGAGGGCUCCGUUGUAUCUGCGGUGUUGCUGUACCGAGCCUCUCUACUCGCUGUCUUACAAGCAUGGUUUCUGAGUUUUUUUUUUUCAUCAACUCUGCUGUUUGUUUACUGUAAUUUAAUUCCAAAGGAGAACAAGUGGGCUGUCAGAAGGGUCAUGAUAUUAAGUGUAGCUUGCCUAUCAGUUGUUUUGUUUGCACAUUCCAUGCUGUUGUUAAGGUGACUAGCAGUUUUACUUUGGAUAACUGUUAUGUAUACACUAUAUAUAAUAAGAAGAGGCAGUGUUAGGUUAGGUAAUUUCUUUUUGUUAGGGACAGAGAUGCAGUUUGUAGCUCCUAAGCUGUUUUUUUUUUUUUUUUUUUUUUUUUAUUAAAUGGCUAGUGUUUUUAUAAAAAGUGAGCUGUGAUGUCUGUUUGGAAGGAGGUUGUGUGUUUUCUAAACAUGACUCGGUGUUGAGGAAGUAUUGGAGGUCAAAGAUACAAAAAGUGCUUCCCCCCCUCUCAAAUAUAAGUUAAUAUAGGAGGAAGUGAAUGGUCACGAGAAACUACUCCUGUCACGUGUUUUUUUGUUGUUAGGAGAAAAAAAAACGUUUUUCAGUGUGGGCACUGGGCAUCAUAUAUUUCGACAUUGAAGUAUAAUUAUGAAAUCAUUUUGUCAUUCACCCUUUGCAGAUGAUGUAACUGAACACUGACACCAACAAACGUGACUUUGUAUGACACUGUUCAUGUCCAAUUAUAAUGCAGUUCUAAGCCACAUGGUUGUUUUUCCAUUCUGUUCCUGAACACUAUUUUCUCACCAAUCUUUUAACUGAAUGCAUCUUCAGACAUCUUGUCAGUUUAUUAUUUAAAAAAAAAUAUCAUU